AAAAUUGAAGUGGUGAAGAGGAUUCAAGAGAGGGGCAUUUUCGAAGGAGGCCUUGGGAUUAAGAGAGCUCCAGCUUGUGGAAUGGUAAUUCCAACAGAAAAUUUAGAGGGUGAAAUUUCUACCAAAGAUGAAAUUUGGGAGCACUUGAUGGGCAAUAAAGUUGGAAUGAUUGGGGUUUGCGGUAUUGGUGGAGUUGGUAAGACUACAAUCAUGAAGCAUGUUAACAAUGAAUUGUUGGAGGGGGACAGGUUUCAGAAAGUGAUUUGGGUUACUGUGUCUUACCCUCUCAAUGUUUGUGAACUACAAAAGAAGAUUGCACUUGCUAUGGACAAAAAACUUCCAGAAGAUGAAGAAGAAAUGAUGCGGGCAGGAAAACUAAUGGAUAUAAUGGGAAGAGUGAGAUUUGUGCUAAUAUUAGAUGAUGUAUGGGAAAAAUUUUCUUUGACUGAUGUUGGAAUCCCAGAACCGACACUUCAGAAUGGUUGCAAAGUAGUUAUCACCAGUAGAUCGGCUGAUGUAUGCAAUUUUAUGGGUUGUGAGAUUGUUAAAGUGCAGCUUCUUUCAUCAGGGGAGUCUUUAAAUCUAUUCCUCAAUAGGGUUGGACGUGAUGCUUUACAAGUUGCAGGAUUGGAAGAAAUUUUGAAGCUUAUUGUGGAGGAAUGUGCCGGUUUACCGCUGGCAAUUGUUGUAAUAGCAGGGUGCAUGAGGGGAGAAAAAGAUAUUAUAGAGUGGAGAAAUGCACUAUAUGAAUUACGCCAGUGUGUAAAUAGUGUGAGAGUUAAGGAGGAUAUGGUAUUUAGGCGGUUAAAAUUUAGUUACGACCGUCUAGGAAGUUUGCGAAUCCAAAAAUGUUUUCUUUAUUGCUCCUUGUUCCGAGAAGAUUAUGAGUUUUCUAGAAAGGAGAUGAUAGAAGGUUGGAUCGAUGAAGGAUUGAUUGAUCAGUCGGGAAGAAGACAAGAAGUUUAUGAUAGGGGUCACGUUUUUUUAAAUAGGUUGGAAAAGAAUUGCUUGUUAGAGAAAACUGUUGAUAGGUUUGCUAAUGAAGUUAGGUUUAAGAUGCAUGAUGUUGUAAGAGACAUGGCUAUCAAAAGCAUUGAUCCUGAAGUUAGAUAUAUGGUCAAAGCUGGUAUGAAAUUGUCAAAGGUACCAAAUGAGCAUGACUGGGCAAUUGAUCUUAACAAGGUGUCUCUAAUGGCCAAUUACAUUUCAGAAAUUCCUGUUGGUUUGACUCCAAAGUGUCCAUUGUUGUCAACUUUGAUAUUGUCAAAUAAUCUUAAUUUGUCAGAGAUUCCCAAUUCCUUUUUUGAAGGUAUGGUUGGGCUUAAGGUUCUUGAUCUUUCUGAUACUGGUAUUGAAGCUUUACCUGAUUCUAUCUCUAACUUGGUGAAUCUCUCUGCACUACGGUUGAGGAAGUGCAAGAUGUUAAAGUACUUGCCUUCCUUAGCAAAGCUCAGGGCAUUGAAGAAGUUGGAUCUGCCUAAGGCAGGGAUUGAGGUGGUCCCUCAAGGCAUGGAGAUGUUGGUUAGUCUUGAACAUCGUGAUUUAUUUUGUCAAAAUUUGAAAGAGAUUCCAACGGCAAUAUUACCUAGCCUUUCCAGUCUCCAGUGCUUGGUUAUCUCAAUUGCUAAAGGGAUGAUAAAUUUAGAAGAGGGUGCUAGAUUGAGCAAGUUGGAGAGUUUGGAAUGUGAAAUGGAGGCCAUACAAGACUUCAACUAUCUUGUCAAUAAGUCUAAAGAUUUUGAAAGUCUUACUGCUUACAAUCUUCAACUGAGAAUAGAUAAACAAGACAUGGUUUAUGUGUCUGGUGAUAAAUAUCAACAUAAGGUUUUAAUUGCUGAAUGUGAGAUUGGAGAAGAAUGUAUAGUGCUUCCAGAUACUCUUGAGGAUUUGUGGAUCGCUAAAUGUAAGAACAUGAAAAACAUGAGAUGCAGCUUAAACAAAAAAGUUUUGUUAGAAAAUGCAACCGAGUUGAGAAGCUGUUCUAUUGAGGAUUGUAAAGGGAUAGAGUGCAUAGUAGAGUUGGACUCAUCCUCUUCCUCGUUGUGUUGUCCAGUACUGGAUAAGCUCGAAAAGUUGACUCUUAACGACUUGCCUAACUUGAGUGUACUUGUGAGAGGAGAAGGAGUAGCAACAUCACCCCAAGCCUUUUCAAAUCUUAAAGAGCUUUUUAUAAGUGAAUGUUCUGGAAUGAGGAAGUUGCUUUCACUUGAGCUACUACAGGGCCUCCAAAACUUAGAGGUGUUGCAUGUUUGCAAUUGCAAACAAACGGAGGAGAUAAUAGCCUCAUCAGAUUUAAAUGCAUCAUCAUCGGAUAAAUUUACUUUCACUUGUCCUAAAUUAAGGCGAUUCUUCUUGGAGGAUUUACCCCAAUUAAAGAGCAUCUGCAAUGACAAAGGAGUUAUGGUUUGUGAUUCUAUUGAAGAAAUUUCGAUAGACGAAUGUCCAGAGUUAAAGAGGAUCCCUGUGCAGCUUCCACUGCUUGAUAAUGGCCAACCAUCUCCUCCUCCUCGUCUCAGAGAAAUCAAAAUUUUUAAAGAGUCGAAAGAAUGGUGGGAAUCAGUGGUGGAGUGGGAUCAUCCUAACGCUAAGAACAUACUCCAACCUUUCUUGAAAUUUAUUGAAUGGAGCGGAGUUGCUGACAAAUAUUCAAUUUUUCAGAAUUUUGCAAUAAACAAGUCACGUGUGAGCCCAAUAACACGUGCCAAUAAAACCCCUUCUUUCGGUACUCCACAACGGGAACAAAGCCAAAAAUGCGUCUGAUGUGGGAAGCCUAUGUAUUGUGGAGGAGAUGAGAUUGAGAUGCAUACACCUUCAUCCUCUGCUCUAUCGUGUUAUCUCAUAAACUUCAACUAUGAUUUUUUCUCAAGCAAAGGCAACUUCUCUUAUCGGAACAGCAAAGCAAAAGAAAGAGGGACUGGACUCACCCACUGCCAGUAGUCUUUGAUUUCAUUGACAAUAAUGUUUGAUUUUUUUUUUUUUUACCAGUUUAUGUGUUUUUUUAAUUGUAUUGGAUGAACUUUGUUUUGUUUCUUUUGGUAAUUUGUUUGUGUUGUAAGUUGUUAAGCAGGUCAUGUUAUGGGAUUUCUACUCUUGUUUCUUUGGUGCUUCAUUGCUCCAUAUAUUCAAUCUGUUAUCAAUUUGAAAUCUUAAAUUUUUGUAAUAUGUACCUUUCAUAUUUGCUUUGCUGACUUGACCACUGGAGAGCAUUUCGACAAAACUCCACUGCUUUUUUCCACUCUUGCAGAUUGAAGUGAACAGCAAAGGAAGUUCUUGUCUAGGAAUCCAUAACAGAAAAGUACUCAGCUAUCAUAAAUCCUUAAUUUCAGCACAAUCGGUAGGUAAUUGACAGGAAGAGAUCAAGGCUCUGGUCUCUGAUGAACUCCAAGUGGUUUCCUAUAAGUAGCUGAGUCUCAACCUUUAGGUGUCACGAAAUGUUGCAAAGAGGUGAACAUCUUUCCUCUUCAAGAAUGCAGUUAAAGUUCACAUUCACAAGCCACAAGAAUUGAGACACAAACUCAUGAUUGUUGAUGAAUUCUUUUGCUACCAUAAAUGGAAUUUUUUGAAUUCUAUAGCAAAGCAGUAAUGUGAUAAUCUCUUCUCUGAAUUUCUUGCAUAAGCUAACCAAGAAUUUGAUGGCAAUAGCUCAGUUCAGGCAUAGAGUGUUCAAGGAUGCAUUGCAAAGUAUUAUGAGCUGUGCAUUCUGGAGUGCUGAAUUUUAGUUGCUGAACAGGAAACAAUCUUUGUAGAUUGAAUUGAAGUGAACAACAAAGGGAGUUCCUGUCU